AUGCAGUUUGGCCUCAGGGAAACGGAUCCGGAUGGAGUCACCUCCACUUAUGGGGAUGGGCCCGGCCGUCGUGCCGCUGACUGGCGGCCCCAGCCGUCAGUUUCUUCCUUAACCUCCUGCUCGUAUGCAGGGGAGGCAGGGAGGCUGGAGGAGCUUGCGUCGGCGCUCGUUCCGGCGGCUCCAGCAGCCCCGGGUGCAGCUCGGGCCACCGACUGGUUUGGGAGCUACGUCGCACCCAACUCGCCCAAGCCCAAAGCCACCAAUGCGGUUGCCUUCCAUUUUUUUCCUCCAAAUUCCCCACCCCGUCCAGUCCCGUCCCGCCGAACAGCCCAAACCCCAAAGCCCUACCAACCCAUUCCCCCGGCCGCCGCCGCCGCCGUCCAUGGCGCCCGCCCGUGCCGCCCCAAGCUCGAGCCCUAUGCCUCCGCCUCCACCUCCGCCGCGCAGCAUCAGCAUCAGCGGGGCGACGAUGACUACGUGUCGGGCAACAUCAUGGAGAUCGAGCUCUGCAACUUCAUGACCUACGACCGCCUGGUCAGCCGCCCCGGCCCGCGCCUCAACCUCGUCGUCGGCCCCAACGGUUCCGGCAAGAGCUCCCUCGUUUGCGCCAUCGCGCUCGCCCUCGCCACCGACCCCUCUAUCCUCGGCAGGGCCUCCAGCGUCAGGGCCUUUGUCAAGCGCGGCGAGGAGUCCGACCACGUCCGCCUCUCCCUCCGCUCCCAGUCACAGGCCAGCGACAUCCACAUCACCCGCAAGGUCGAUACCAACAAUAAGUCUGAGUGGCUACUCGACGGCACUUCUGUCCCCAAGAAGGAUAUCAUCGACGUCAUCAAGAAGUUCAACAUCCAAAUCAAUAACCUCACUCAGUUCUUGCCGCAAGAUCGGGUCUGUGAGUUUGCAAAGCUCACCCCCAUCCAGCUGCUAGAAGAGACAGAGAAGGCUGUGGGCGAUCCCAACUUACCUGUUCAGCAUCGCCAGCUUAUAGAACGGAGCAGGGAGCUCAGGAAUAUUGAAGUGGUAAACAUCAAUCCUUCCAUGUUUUCCCUGUUCAACAUCUGACAGUGUUGACAAUUCUCGCAUGCACAUAAAAAACAUUUUAAAUCGGUUGCUGCGGGUGGCGGUGCUCUGGGGUGCAAGGGUAGCGUGGUGCACAACUCCGACUGUUGAAGACACUGCGGCACAACCACGUCGGUCUGUGUGCAGCCCCAGUUCUUCAACACUAACCUGACCUUCCAUAAGUGGGCGUUCAGAGGUUUGGCGCCCUUGCCUAUCCAUUCUCUGAAUCGGUUUGGUGUGGUGGAGAUGUAAGUGUCUGAUAGUCUUCAGUUUGUUAGAACAAAGGGUACGAGGUAAAUACAAGAUUCAUUGCUUGCUGGUUUGUUACGAUAUUUCACCUGAUGGGAGAUAAGAUGAAUUACUUGCUGGUUUGGUAUGAUAUUUGGCCUGACUGGAGAAAAGAUGAAUUACUUGCUGGUUUAUCUGAGUAACUUGGUUGCAUUAAUACUAAAAACACAUGUUAUCUGUUUCUCCCUUGCUAUUUCUAUCUAGGGAAGAUUAUAGUUUGACCAUGGAGUAGAAAUCAAAUGCUUCAUAUUGGAAUGUUUGUUGGAUAAGAAGGUACAAAAACUAAACGGUGUUCUCAUGGCUUUUCUUAUUUAUGUUUGGUGUUCAAGAUACUUAUGCCACCAUGUAAAAUAUUUAUCUAAUAACUUCUCUCUUGUUGUGCAGCUAUAUCGGAACCUCUUGAUAAUGCAGUAGAUGAGCUUUGUAAUAUCUUCUACCAUCUUAUAUGAACUAGAUACUCGCUAAUUUAAAUUGUUUGAUCAUACUCAAACGCUUGAAACACGAAGUAUUCUAUUGUAAGCUGAAAAAUUGUGAUGUCACAUUCAUGUUUCUCGAAAAACACUCUAUACUGCUAUCACAUUUAUUUGUUUAUUUUGUUGCAUUUGUGUAUUAUAACUCAAUGCUCUGUUGAUCAGCGUGUUGGUAACUUCGCUCCCUAACACAUGCCUCAUCUCUGAUGGCGGCGACAUGGAACAACACUUCUGUGCGAUUAGUACUGUAACUUUGUGAACUGAAAUUAUUAUAACCAGUGUUACAAAUGUUUGCCGAGGAAAAGUCCUUCCAGCAAAAGAAGAUCCGGAGGCAGGUUUCCUAUCUUGACCAGUAUUUCCUUUUGUUCCUAAUUGUUGGCUCUUUCCUAUGGAAGCUCUGGAAAAAAAUGAAGUGUCCUAAAAUUAAGGACUAAUGCUUUUGACAUCUGAUUUGAGAAAACUGAUUUACAAAAUAUAACUAGAAGGCAGAUUGUAGCAUUCAUCAUUGCUAUCUUAUACAAAGACAGUUGGCGUCUAGAGUGACGCCGUCGACGAGCAAGUCGGCGUCUGUGAAGCUUCGCUGGAGCCAUUCCAGCUCUUCCAGAGUCAUAAGGAGAGCCUGAAGUCAGGCGAAGCUGUGGAGCCAGGACACCAACGGUGCUAAGCCAUUUUCCAUCGAGAGGACAAUGGCUGCCAUCAGGGACCUCCAGACCAAGCUCAAGAUCUCCCUCGCCUCCGUUGAUGCCGUGUUUCAAGAGGGUUAUCACCAUCCACGACGGCGAGCUAAUGCGGUAGCUCGUGGUGCUGAUCUGAAUGUAUAUGUUUCUGUUAUAGUGUGCUCGAUCUAAUGAUGUAUCUUAUGUUGCCAAACAACAAAAUGCUCCUGCCGAUGCUUGCAUGUGAUGACAUGGCAUUUCAGUUUCUUCCUCGCAUGAUGUUCCAAUGUAAUAAGUCAAUCGAGAAUUGCAUGUACAUGUGCUUCUAUCAGAUAAAAAAAUGAAAGUGAAAAAGGACGUUCAUCUA